AUGGCUUCGAAUCUACCAACAGAAGGCUACAACCCAGUUGGCAACGACCAAGCUGAAUUUGAUGCGGGAUUGGAUAUAGAUGGGUCUGCGGAAGUGGCAUCGGGGAAUAGUGGCUGGAGAGAUAACGAGAAUGGAAAUGGAAAUGCAACGCGGACAGCACGACGAAAUCCCUUCAACGAGGCAGCGUCUCUCAUGAACCAUGGCGGCCUAGGACACAUCCCAACACCACCACAAAGCUCAUCGAGAAACUCCCCAGCUCCACCAAUAACCUCAACCUCCGAAAUCACCAGUGCAAUCAAUACCUACGAACAGUUGUUCUUCCCAGGCCAGCCUAAAUCCCUCUCGGGCAUUGCCCUCCGCUCGUUCCUCCUAGGCCUCACAUUGGCUAUCUCUCUAACAGUAACCCUCUACCUCCUCACCCAAUCCACGUCUCUCUGGCGCCUCCCCUUUUUCCUGGCAAGCCUAUCGACCUUCCACUUCCUCGAAUUCUACACCACCGCCCUAACCAAUACGCCAUCCGCAAGCGUAUCCUCCUUCCUCCUCGCAAGCAAUGGCUCGGCCUACACAAUCGCCCACACCGCGGCACUUUUCGAAUGCCUCGUCUCGCACCUAGUCUACCCUUCGCCCAUUCUUCCCGCAUACUUCCACUACAUAUGCUUAUUCCUCGGCCUCUUCCUGGUUCUGCUAGGGCAAUCAAUCCGCGCAACUGCCAUGCUUCAAGCAGGCAGUAAUUUCUCCCACAUAGUAGCACACACUAAACGCUCCACCCACCGUCUCGUCACCGAGGGUUUAUACUCCGUUCUGCGCCACCCUAGUUAUUUCGGAUAUUUCUGGUGGGCUGUUGGGACACAGCUUGUUUGUGGAAAUCUGGUUUGCUUGAUGGGGUAUGCGUUUGUUUUAUGGAAGUUUUUCGAUAGGAGAAUCGAGGGCGAGGAAGAAUUGCUGGUGGCGUUCUUCGGAGAUGAGUAUGUGCAGUAUAGGAAGAGGACUUGGGUUGGUAUUCCGGGGAUUAGGUAG